GGGUCUUGUCCCCCGGUCUCCGCCGGGCAUUCUUCGCGGCUGCGGCUCCAGCUUCGGCGACCAGGACGGGAGAACGGCGUCUGCGGCUCCGGCAGCAUGUCUGAGAAGCGGCACACAGGGGAUGCCGAAGCCCGGAGGCUCCCCGACUCCUUCAGGGAUAGCCCUAAUACGGGCCUUGGACCUUGUGGCUGGAUUUUGGUGGCUGUCUCGUUCUUGUUCACAGUUAUAACCUUCCCAAUAUCGGUAUGGAUGUGCAUAAAGAUCAUAAAAGAAUAUGAAAGAGCCAUCAUCUUUAGAUUGGGUCGCAUUUUACAAGGAGGAGCCAAAGGACCUGGUUUAUUUUUUAUUCUGCCGUGCACGGACAGCUUCAUCAAAGUGGACAUGAGAACGAUUUCAUUUGACAUCCCCCCUCAGGAGAUCCUCACUAAGGAUUCCGUGACCAUUAGUGUGGAUGGCGUGGUCUAUUACCGCGUUCAGAACGCAACUCUGGCUGUGGCAAAUAUCACCAAUGCCGACUCCGCAACCCGUCUUUUGGCACAAACGACUCUGAGGAACGUUCUGGGCACCAAGAACCUCUCUCAGAUCCUGUCUGACAGGGAAGAAAUUGCACACAACAUGCAGUGUACCCUGGAUGACGCCACGGACGACUGGGGAAUAAAGGUGGAGCGCGUGGAAAUUAAGGACGUGAAGCUGCCUGUGCAGCUCCAGAGGGCGAUGGCUGCAGAGGCGGAGGCAUCUCGGGAGGCCCGAGCCAAGGUCAUUGCAGCCGAGGGAGAAAUGAACGCAUCCAGGGCUCUGAAAGAAGCCUCCAUGGUCAUCACUGAGUCUCCCGCGGCCCUUCAGCUGCGGUACCUCCAGACACUGACCACCAUUGCUGCUGAGAAAAACUCCACGAUCGUCUUCCCCCUGCCCAUAGACAUGCUGCAAGGCAUCGUGGGGGCAAAGAAGUGAGCCACAGAGGCCAACGCAGAGACGCGCCCUUCCCUGCCAGGGUAGAGUGGGGACCAAAUCAGCCUUUAACCUGUAAGGAGCGAGUAGGGCGGGACCUUGACUAUUCCUCCUUCCUUUCCUUUCCCGUAUGUUGACUGCGAGGUGCUUAGAAUGUGUAGUGAGCCUAGCCACAGAUACAGAUGAGGAUUGUUAGCUUGUAAAUACUGAGAAAGAGAAGGGAUGUGGGGAGGGGGUUGGCAAUUGGUGAUCUGUAAGAUCAUUUCGAUCAUUUCUUAACUCUUUUAAAAUAUUUAAAGUUCAUACGUUUAGAUCAUUAGGUAAUAGGCUAAAUCCCCCUUCUUUUGACUUUCCCUGGGUCAUUCUGCAGCCAGACCAAAGGCAAGAAAACAGGACACCCUGGCUGGACAAAUGCUUUGCAGAAAGCAGUGACCUUAGGCUACAACCAGCUCCUCUGGGCCAUAUGUGCCUUACCUCCGGGGAAUCUUAAGGAAACGUUCCUACCAUCCGUUUACUUUCUAAGCCCAGACCACGUUUCAAAAUAAUCCUCACUUGAGAGUUGGCAUUUUUGUGCCUAUACCUGUCAACACUGGAGGAAAUGGUCAAGGUCGGUGAAAAAGAUGAUCUUAACCCUUAAAAGACUUCUAAAUCUACUAUCACAAAGAUCCUUUAAGAAUAAUAAGAAUAGUUCUCUCUUUCUUUUAAACUUCUUUUAGCCUCUUUAUGACUCAGUGAUUCCUCUGUGGUCUUUCAAACCAGCUAAAUACUUGUCACAAAAGUGCUUUUUCCUCACUUUUGCCUAUUUUCAUACAUCAGGUUCUAAAUAGUUCUGAUUUUUAAAUAAAACGUUCUCUAAGUUCUAUACACAAUUCUUUGUAUACCCAUUUGAAUGGCUUAAGGACUAAUCCUUUUUUUCUAAAAAAUAGGUAAAGCAAUUCUCUCUUAUUGUCUGCAUGCUAUUAACUAUCGGACACUGUGAAAUACCUUGGUUACCAGGCCCAUUCAUUAAAUAUUCUGAGGAAUUCACAAUAUAUUGGGCACGUAAUAACCAAUGAGCUUGGGAACACACUGUCAGACUUAAGAUAUAUAGAUGGAGGGUUUGUUUUUUUUUUUAAUUUGCCGAGUCCUCCUUUUCUAUCACGUGUGGUCAGUGCCCAGAGAGGAAGUGGGCAGCCCCUCCUACCCAGUUCCUUGUUCCACAAUGGUAGGAAGCCUUUUGCAAAUGCCUGUGAAUUUUGCAAAUGCCCGUGAAUCUGAGCAACCUGGCAUUCUUCCUGUUGGUCCGGCAACUUGGCUGGUGACACUUAAACCACUUCCUCCUCGUGGCUCCGAGUUCACCUAGAGAGGUCUUGGGAAUAGCAGCUUCCUUACCCAGAGCCACCCUUCAUACUGGUCCUUAGCUGCAUCCCUCUGUCUGUCCCAGACUAUGAAUGUCCCCUCCCCGAUCGCCCAUUUCCAAGCUUAUUUUAGAAAACCUUGAACCGCGCAUCCAUGUUCUCAGCUGAGUUUAUUACAUGUAUAUGGAGCAUUUUGACUUGGAACUCGUUACGUUUCUAUUUAUAAUUUUUUAACUAAUGAUUUUCUCUCUUUCGUGCGGUGACUCACCCUCGACCAGUGAGGACCAGGAAACAGCCCCAUAACCUGGCUGAAAACCUCUUCUCAGGCUUAGAGUAACAGUGCUUUCUGCUCCUUUGAGCGUCCCUAUUUCCAGAUACCAGUCUUCACCUCUCUGCCUUGUGGAUUCAUAGCCCAAUAGGUUGGGAUUAAAUUGCUUGAGAGGGAGGAAGCAUAAAAGGGGUCUAGGAUGAGCGCUGGUGCAAGAGUGUUCUCCACGUGGCCUCCCUUUCCAAUGCUGUACAUAAUAAAGUGUGCACUUUUACUCA